AUGCUACAGUCUUCAGUAUCUGAGCUACAUGUCACUGUACUAAUGAGAAUCUGUGCUGCUCUCAACGCCUACCGUGGCCAUGGCUCUUUCUCAAUGCAGCCAGAGAUCCUGUACAAAGCUCUGUGCUUUAUGCCAGAAGAUUUGAAUACCCUCACCUUAAGCAGUCGAACCAGAGAUCGGGCCCCAAGAACCAAAGAGAAAUACCUCCAGGCUUACUUCCUCAAGGUGGGCUCCACCAACAGCAGCAGAGCAGCUCCCAAUGACCUGAGGAAAGCAGAAGCUUCUGAAGGUGACAGAGAAUUAAUAGCCGGAGGCACAAGUGACAAACAUGGAGAGGUGAGUAUUCCAGGGGCAACAGGAAUGGUGGGAAAGGUCUCCUGUGCCUUUGACCCUGAACUCAAGGAGCCUCAUCCCUGUGCCUGCGUCCCCUCCAGCCCACAUUCGCCUCCACUCCCAGCCUUCCAUCCAGGGCCACCACCUCCCCCAUUCCCAGGCAGCACUUUGUUUCUGUACCUUUGCGAAGAGUGGUGGGAGCCUGGGGAGGCGGAGAAGAGGCGCGGGGAGAAGGGCGUGGAGGGCCGUUCCCGCCCCGGAGUCGGAGGCGCCGAGAGGCCGGACGCCGCGAGGCUGCGAGCCCAGGAACGUGCGGUCCCAUCGAAGCGGCGCUCCACCGGCGUGGUCAACAUCCCAGCCGCAGAGUGCUUAGAUGAAUAUGAAGAUGACGAAGCUGGGCAGAAAGAGCGGAAACGAGAAGAUGCAAUUACACAACAGAACACGAUGCAGAAUGAGGCUGCAAGCUUAUUAGAUCCAGGCAGUUCCUAUCUGCUGCAAGAGCCAUCUAGAACAGUUACAGGCAGAUAUAAGAGCACGACCACUGCCUCUGAAGAAGAUGUCUCAAGUAGAUAUCCCCGAACAGAUAGAAGUGGGUUCAGCAGAUAUAACAGGGAUGUAAGUGCUUCAGGUAAUUUGGUCUCAAGUAGCACAUUGGAAAAGAAAAUUGAAGAUCUUGAAAAGGAAGUGGUAAGAGAAAGGCAAGAAAACUUAAGACUUGUGAGACUAAUGCAAGAUAAAGAGGAAAUGAUUGGAAAACUCAAAGAAGAAAUUGAUUUGUUAAAUAGAGACCUAGAUGACAUAGAAGAUGAAAAUGAACAACUAAAGCAGGAGAAUAAAACUCUUUUGAAAGUUGUUGGGCAGCUAACAAGGUAGAAGAUUCAAGGCUCAGUGUGGAAAAAAAUAUUUUAAAACUACUGAUCGAAUGUUAUGGUUAACGCUAGGACAAUAUUCCUAUGCAAGUAUGUAUAUUUAUUUCUAGAAAACAGUGGAUGUUUAUUUUCAAAAUAUUUCUUUUUCAUUAUCAGUUUCAAAAAAAAUCAACCAUUUAUUUCACAAAGAAGUAACCACUUUUAGUUAUUAAACUUGUAGGUUUAUGCCUCUUUUGGUUUUGUGUGGUAUUCAAGUAAUACAUAGUUUAAAGUCACAACGAUUUGAAUAUAUUUCAUCUGUGGGAAUGCAUUUUCUCCCUAAGAGAAUAUACAUAGUCUUUGUUUACAUGAAUUCAAAUACUUUUUGGGGAGUUACCUGCAAAUGCCUUAUCACUGAUAUGUGCAACCUUUUAUUCAUAAAGGUCUUUGUCUACAGUCUGUUCUUUCAACUUAUUCUAAGCAACUUAGAGGAAUAUAGAGUCACGCUAUUUUGUAUAACAGUCAUCUUUAAAAAGGAAAACUACUAUAAAAUGUCACUUAAUAUCAUGUACUAGUUGACUAAAUAUAAAAUUUAAGAGAAUACUUGAAUUGUGCUCUCGUAAAUUAAAAUGUACUAUUUUGUUUUCAAGUACUGAAAAAACUUUAAGUCACUUUGACUUCUAAAAGACAUACAGUUGUACUUUUAAAGUAAAAUUUCUUAUGUAGGUACUCUUUUUAUUAUUCCAAGGUUUAUAAGUGAACAUGGGGUUUUUAAAAGGUGUUUUUAUUCAUGAAGCCUAGAGAGUGUACAAUUUCAGCAUAUAAGAAAAAAAAUCCACAUUUUAAAUUAUCAUAUGCAUUAAAACCAAAAGGAAACUAUUUAUCCACACAAAACAUUUAUACUUAUGUUAAUAAUACAGUACAUAAACAGAAAUCAUACUGAAAUACUUUGCUUAACUUCUAACUUGGAGAGUAACACUGUAACACAGUUGUUCUCAUGUGGAGAAUUAUGCCCCUACCUCAAAUUUAAGGGAUUUUCUUCCUAACAUUGGAUUUUUUAAAAACAGAAUUAUUUUGAAGAAUUAUACAGAUUUUCUCUUCUAUUAAAUAUCAUUAGUGUUUAGAGUUGUUUUAUAUUACAUUUUCAUGUUGAGUAAGAAAGCCCUCUCCUUUAAAAUACAUUAAGAAAUGUCAGCCUUGAUAGUGUACUAAUGCCCUUUUAUCCAAUUAAUGUAUGUAAAUGUCUUGAACAUAGUAAAAUCCAUUUUGGGUACCCUUCUGACUCUUUCUUUUACUUGCUAAGCCCCUUCAUUAUUUGUUUUAUUAGAAAGAUAGGGAAGGUAAGACAG